GGAGAUUUUCCCUUCGAGCCAUCGGCAGCUUCGCCCGCUCUCGGACUUCUCUCCACGGUUCGCCCGCAGCCAGCCCAAGGGGCCCGAGACGCCCUCGCAGGAGGAGUUCAACUUGGACUCGACCGCCUCGGAGCUCGACAGCCCGCCUACGAAGAGGACGAAGAUCACCAAGAAGACGAGCUCCCAGAGUUGCAGCCCGCAGUGCACGCCGAUGGCGCCCGUCGGCCUAGAUGCGACCGAUGUGGAGACGCUGCCGUAUCCUAAGGAGGGCGAGAACGAGGACGAGGCCGAGGUCGUGCGCAUGCCCGAGGUUUCUGUG